AUGAGCGAACCGACAUAUACCGUCUUUGUACGGGUACCCAUGCCUCGGGGCGACUUUGUUGACCCUCCACCGGUAAACUGGGAUCCUGUCAAAGAUGAGGCUUUAUGGAAGAUCCUUUCCGGAGCUGCAAAGAAACAAAUUGACUGGGACGAAAUCGCCGAUCGGUUUGAAGUACCUGUAGACUUCCUUCUCCAGCAAGUUGCCUGGCUUACCGAACGACAUGCAUCGCAAGUUCGCGCUCAAGUUCGCAAAGCUACCGCCGCUGUUCGUGGCUCAGGCCCCUCUCCCGUACCAAGCGGCGAGUCCGCUGGCCCCGGCCAUCAACGAACGCAUUCCGCCUUAUCCUUUCGACGAGAUUCACCCAUGCCGCGCGCUGAUGUUGGGAGCGGCACUGGCACACCUCUUCAUUCAUCAAUGCGACCGUUAGUCACACGAAAUACAUCAACCAAUACCACAGUCUUGCGUGAUAUGACAGGAGCGCCGGCAUCCCCACGACCAGGUGUUGGAUUGGCAUCGCGGACUAGCGAACGACGUCGCCUCUCAUCUCUCCCCAUUGCAUCGGUUCCCGCCAAAUCUCCCGACCAAGCACCACAGCCAGAGCCUUCACCAGAAGAACGAAGCCCGUCACCAGGCCCAGCGGAGGAUAGUUCGGCGACAUCAUCUGAUGAUGAAUCUGUCCCUGCCCAGUCUCGGAUCAUUCGCCGACCCCCACGAUUCCAGCAGCCUGAAGGUGGACAAUACGACGACGACGAGGAUGAUGAAUCUGAACCUGCUUUCCAACCAUAUACAUCCCCUUCCAGCAAAACCUCAGCUCAGGACCUUGGCUCAACUCUCAGGGGAGACGGUCGCAGUUCCGGCAAGCGACAUCACAGGAGUCAUGGAAAACCUGCUAUCCAUCAAUCCAACACAUCCGACUCUUCAGCUAGCUCUGCUGCCAUGAUACAAAAGCCGGACAAACCUGAUAAAUCAGCUGAGCAGAGGACACCUGGACCUCUCUCACCACGUCGGACUGCUGAAUUGGCCGGACGUAGCCCAGGAAGUAAGAACAAGGGCUACUCCCGCGAAGGCAGCGACGGAACCCCUAGCAUGGGUAGCAGUUAUAGUGAUCUUGACGGGUCAGAUGCUUCUGUUACCCAAUCCGCAUUGGAGGAAGCAUUGGCGAGUCAUAUGAAUAGGGGAGCGGGAAGCCGCUUCAGUAUAAGCCAGGCUUUCCGCAGCCGCUAUAAUCCCAGCUCUAACCAGUGA